AUUCCAAGGGAAUUCUUGCAGGUGAGGGUACGCAAACGAUCCUGAUCCUGUCCUUUAGAUGACUUGUUGCAGUUUAGUCUUUUGCAAACUAAAACAAUUACUGCCAAAAUAUUCAUAGAGCACUAAGCUGUUAACCGUUACUCAUAUCAAACGACUUGUAGCAACAACGAGGGUGUGAUCAACACAGCAGGCAAAGUGGGAGGGAAGGACCCAGGACUUUUUCAUCAGUGCAGUGUAUGGGUGGCAUAUUUAAUAGACUGACCUCACUCAGACAGAUUCCCAGACAACACCCAGCAUUACCUGCACUGGGCACAGCGUAAAGCUUCUCUCCUCACUGUUGAAACUUGUCAAGACAACAACGCCUGCAGCAUCAUGUUGCAGACAAUCAAAGACUGGCUGUGGUGGGAACGUCUGUGGCUUCCAGAGAAGGUCUCCUGGGCAGAUCUCAAAGACAAAGAAGAUCGUACUUAUGCCAAAGCCUCUCAACUUUAUGCAUCUGUGCCCUGUGCCCUCUGCCUACUAGUUGUCAGAUACCUAUUUGAAAGAUACUUGGCCACACCACUGGCUAAAGCUCUAGGGAUCAGAGACAAGGUACGUCUCACAGCUGAGCAAAACUCAACCCUAGAGAAAUACUUCUACAGCCAAACCCGGAAUCCGUCACAGGCGGAUAUUCGGUCUCUGUGUAAGAAGACCGGCUGGCCAGAAAGGAGAGUAGAAGUAUGGUUCAGGAGGAGGAGGAAUCAGGAUCGACCUGGGCUUCAGAAGAGGUUCUGUGAAGCCAGUUGGAGAUGCGGCUUUUAUCUUUGUGCAUUCCUUGGAGGACUUUUAGCCCUUUACGAUAAACCUUGGUUUUAUGAUCUAAAAGAGGUUUGGGCAGAAUUUCCUAAACAGUCCAUGCUCCCAUCACAGUACUGGUAUUAUACCUUGGAAAUGGGCUUCUACCUUUCUCUGCUCCUCAGCCUAGCGUUUGAUGUGAAAAGGAAAGACUUUAAAGAGCAGGUGAUUCACCAUGUAGCCACACUGACACUUCUGAGUUUCUCCUGGAUUUCUAACUACAUUCGUAUUGGAACUCUUGUGAUGGCUGUUCAUGACUCUUCUGACAUAGUGCUUGAGGGAGGAAAGUUGUUUAACUACGCACAAUGGGAGAAGACUGCUAAUGUUAUGUUUGUGAUAUUUACAACUGUCUUCAUGGUGACAAGACUUGUUAUUUUUCCUUUUUGGCUCAUCCACUGUACAUGGGUGUACCCACUGGAGAGGUUUGACCCCUUCUUUGGCUACUAUUUCUUCAACAUCAUGUUACUGGUUCUUCAAAUUCUACAUGUCUACUGGGCUUUUCUAAUAACAAGAAUGGCUUACAAGUUUGUCUUCAGCAAGCAACUGGAUGGCGAUGUUCGGAGCGAUGAAGAGGAGGACGACAGUGAUUCGCAAAAGAAUAUAAAACACAAAAUGAAUCAUAUUAAUGGUGCCAUGAAUGGCGCCAGAGAUCGAGCUAACGGUCACUAACUUAUACAGAGAAAAGAGGAGCAUCAACCAUGACAGAUGGACACUUUCUACUUGGAGUGCUUCAGUUAAAACCUUGAGAAUUCAAGGAAGGGAUAUUGUAUUUGAAAUAACUGUGAAGGAACCUAAAUAGUGUGAUUUUAAUUUAGCCCUAAUUAAAAUUUAGGAUUAGCUCUUUCAUGAGUUUACUUGUAUUUUAUGUGAGGGUACAAAUUGGAGUGAUCAUAAAAAAUACAAGGCUGAUUUUGAGUCUUGAAGUCAUAUGUACCUGUUUAUGCUGCAGCAGUUGAUCAAACUUUAUGUAUUUAUUACAUUUUAUGACCGUGUUCGUGUUUUUAGAACGCUGCAAAUCAGUAUUUAUUUUUGUCUUGUUAAUUGUUUGGAAGGCAGGCUAUGAAAGAUUGAUGUCCUGUGUAAUACCAGUACGCCCCCUAGCGACAGCUGGUGAGACGCGGUUAAAGCUCGUAUCUAGGGAAACCGUCUCUAUAGAAACCGCGUGUAGCUUAAAACUAUGGUUAUCGAAAUCUGUUAGCAUACUGGCUGGUUGGUGCGUGUUUGUGUGUGUUUGUUAACGUUUCAUAGCUAUUGUCAAAAUGACUUAUCGGCGACUGUAUCAGCCUAAGGUGAAAACCGGAAACUGGUUUGAAGAGCUGCUAAUAAAGGAGGUUUGUGGAAAAGAAAAUGAGGACAUAUUAUCUGAGCUAGCCGUCACGUCGACAUAUUUUUAGCUAAAUCAGUAAGGGUGUAGAAACGUGAAAAUAAGAGUUUAGAAUUUACGGUAAACUAAAAGGGUUUCAAUUUAUUUCAUAUUUUUAUAUUUAGCAUUUCCAUUAAAGUUAACCUCAUAGCUACAUUUUUUCAAAGCUGCAUUUUAGAUGUACACAUUUAUGCAUCUGAUCGUCUAUGGUAAGCAAAAAAUAAGUGAAACGGUAGUUUAAAAAUGAAUUAAUUUGUGCAUGAUCAAAGUUUCUUCCAAAUACUGCUUCGUCUUCUUUUUUUUCUUUUUUUUACUCAGUUUGAUUUACCAGGUUGUGAAAAAUGUUUUACUGAUACAAAUAUGAAGUGUACAUUUGUGUUCACCCUACUUUAAUUUUACACCCCAAAAUAAAAUCCAGUGCAUCAAA